AAUUGUUGCUAAAGGAAAGAAAAUUAAAGAUGCAAUUAUUUUUGAAGAAAAGCUUAAACAAUUUAACAAAAUAAUGUUGGGAUACAUUGAUGUUUGUGUAAAUAGUGAUUCAUUACGUUGUAGCAAUAGAGUUUUGAAAUUGUAUAUUCAACGACGCAUGAAGCAUGAAAAAGAAGAAGAACAUUUGUACAUAUGUGAUGUAAAUAUAAUGAAUUCAGUGAUACGGAAGUUAGCUUACAAUGGAGAAAUACAAAAAAUUUUUACAUUAGCUCAUUUAAUACGUAAAAAUAAUAUUAAAUUGAAUCACCAAACUUAUGCACUUAUUUUGGAAUGUAUUUGUCGCAUGAAUUCUACAGACAAUGAAAAAUUGAAAUUGUUGAAAACAGUAAAAAAGGGAAUGCUGAUUGAUAAUAUAUCUCUGAAUGAUGUUAUUACCAAAUCCAUUUUUUUAAAUGAUCAAAAGUCAUAUGUUGAUAAAGCUGCUAAAUUACUUGAUCCUAAUUUCAUUCCAACUUACGAAUUCCCAGAUACUUCAUAUAAUUGUAAGCUUCUUCAAAAGUUUGAUGAGACUUCUGCCACACCAUCUAGUACAGUUGACAAUUUCACAAUAGAUGAACUUAAAAUACGCCUGGAGAAACAAAUUGAAGCCGAAAUUAAUGGUUUAGUUUCUGUAAAAAACAUUGCUUUGCAUAAGGAUCCAGAUCGAAACGUCUUAAAUAACCGAAAAAAAUUGGAAAGUUUGGAGGAAUCUUGGAGAGAAGCAGCUCUUGUGGCCUUCAAACGAAAUCUCGAAACAUUAAAAAGUCGUGAAAUGUUACAACGCGCUCAUAAAAUGAUGCUGUUUCCGUACUUAACGGUUUUGGAACCUGAAGCCUAUGUGAAAGCUCUUCUCACUGAAGUUCGUAAUUUAGGAAUGGGUUCAGAUAUGUUUAGUUUACCGUAUAAUUCACUGUGUCGUCAGCUUGGAGCACAAGUUUUUAAAAUGUACGAAGCUCGUGUGAAACAGGACACAGGCUUGAAUGACAAAAUGUCCGAUGUUUAUCUAAAAUAUUGCGAAUGGUUUUUGAAACGAGACGACAAGCUCAAUCAUCGAUCGAAAUGGACGAUUCUGGAACACGAAGCGAAUCAAACUGGUGUCACCUUGGGGUUUGAAGUACCAUCGUGGCAAUCUCACGUGCACGUGAAUGUUGGACGAUUUUUAUUCAACAUCAUAAUUAAUGAUUUAAAGAUCCAACGAAGUACGCAAGCGCAUUCUGAACCUGCAUUUUUAAAAAUUUAUAGAAAUAACGACGUGUUGGUCAAAGAAGAGAUAAAACCAAAUCCCCAAGUAUCUAAGUUGUACCGAGAGAGCCAGCCUGAAACUUUGACUUUCAACACUACACUGAUACCAUCUUUAUGUCCUCCUAAACCUUGGACUUCCGUGUUCUCAGGUGGGUUCAUCGUUUCACAAACCGACAUAGUCAGGCUGUCGCAUGUAGGGAACCAACAAUGGGAUAGACUGAUAACCGCUCCACCGAAACAACUUUAUCCUGCCCUCGAUAGUUUAAACCAAUUGUCUUCAAUUCCAUGGGCAGUAAAUACAGAUAUCCUCGAUGUAGCGAUUAAAGUAUUUCAGAAUAAUGGCUCGGUCCCGUUGAAAAUGCCUCAACAUCCUUCUGUGUUAGAGUCAAUUCCGGCAUUACCAAAGGAUAGCGAUCCAAGCGAAAGAAAAAAAAAUGAAAAAGCAAGGCAAGAUUUGAAGCAAAAGAAAAAUGAAAUGUAUUCACUUUGGUGCGAUGCUCUUUACAGACUGUCUCUUGCCAAUCAUUUCCGAAAUAAUGUAUUUUGGCUGCCACAUAAUAUGGACUUUCGUGGUCGUGUAUAUCCCGUGCCUCCACAUUUGAACCACCUGGGUUCGGAUCUUGCCCGAUCCAUGCUGGUAUUCGCUCUUAAAAAACCUCUUGGACCUAAAGGUCUCGACUGGUUAAAACUUCAUACCAUCAAUCUUACGGGUUUUAAAAAGAAAGAACCAAUAGCUGCUCGUUUAGCGUAUGCCGAUGAAAUAAUGGAUAAAAUUCUCGAUAGCGCUGAAAGACCUUUGGAUGGUGAAAUGUGGUGGUCUAAAUCAGAUGAGCCAUGGCAAACACUGGCUGCAUGCAUGGAAAUAUCGAAAGCUUUGAAAUCACCGAAUCCCGAAGAAUUUUUGUCGGGCUUUCCUAUUCAUCAGGAUGGAAGUUGCAACGGACUUCAACAUUACGCAGCUCUUGGUAGAGAUCGCAUUGGUGCUGUAAGCGUCAAUCUCUGCCCUUCCGAUAGGCCUCAAGAUGUUUACAAUAGCGUUGCAACGAUGGUGGACGAAAAAAGAAGAGAAGAUGCGGCUAACGGAAAUCAGAUUGCCAAAGUUCUCGAAGGCUUUGUUUCAAGAAAAACGAUUAAACAAACGGUCAUGACUACGGUCUACGGUGUCACGUGGUUUGGAGCAAAAUUACAAAUAGCGCGACGGCUCAAAGAAAAUGAUGCUUUUCCGCAACAGCAUUUGUGGCCAGCUUCGUCAUAUCUUGUACAGAAAACUUUUCUUUCUCUGCGAACAAUGUUCAAAAGUGCGCGGGAGAUUCAAGACUGGUUCACCGAAUGCGCCCGACUAAUUUGCUCGGUUCGCGAACAAAAUAUGGAAUGGGUCACUCCUUUAGGCUUACCAGUCGUCCAACCUUACAGUAAGAUUCAUCGAGUUACUAAAAAGAACGUAUGCCCAUCGUUCAGUCCCGAUAUAUACAGAAAGCCAAACGCAGUCAAACAAAAGAACGCCUUUGCACCAAAUUUUGUACAUUCGUUAGAUUCUAGUCAUAUGAUGCUUACCAGCAUAUACACCGAGCACGCUGGUAUUACUUACGUAUCGGUGCACGACUGCUACUGGACGCAUCCUAGUACCGUUGAAAUCAUGAACAAGAUAUGCCGAGAACAAUUCGUGGCAUUACACUCUCAACCUAUUUUGGACGACUUGUCGACAUUUUUCGUCGAAAAAUUUGCUUAUGUAAAUAUGGAUAACGAAUGUGUAGAAGCAGAUUCAACGAAUCGAAAAAAGAAGCACAAUCAUUUGCUUAAAGAAAAAUUGAACAACACUUUAACCAAAGUACCACAGCAGGGUGACCUCGAUCUCAAAGAAGUUUUAUCCUCAACGUAUUUCUUUAGUUAAAUAAUUUAAUAAAUGUUAUGUACAGUGUAAUUGUUGAUUGGUUGUUUUAAACUAGCUGUUGAAUUUUUAUAGCUUGAUAGAAAAGAAAAGAAAAGAAAAGAAAAGAAAAUACACAUUUAA